AUGCCGCGCAAAUCCGCGGCCGCCGCGCCGCCGCCGCCGCGCGCGGACGACGUCGCGAACGACCCCGACCUCGCGGACUUCCUCAAGCAGCUCGUGAACGUGGACGACGCGGGGGGGGAUCGCUUUCUUCAUCCGCGCGGCGCCGCGAACCCCGACGCGGUGUGGAGCGACCUGGACAACCUCGACGUCGCGGACAACAUCGACGUGUCCCUGGGCGCCAGCGGCGGCGCGCUGGGCGCGGUGGCCGCGGCCGGCCACGUCCGCGCCCGCGCCGUCGACUCCCCCUCCCUCGCCAGCGUCGCGAGCGCGGACGUGAGAAGAGGCGGCGAGCGCGUCGCCGUCGCGCGCGCGGCGCGCGACGCGAGCGACGACAAAAUCGGGAACGACGCCAGGGACUCCGACUCCCCGGCGAGCGUCGGCGGCGACCUCGCGACCGGCAGCGGCGGCAGCGGCGGGACCGGGUCGAGCGCGACGAGCGCGGUUAAGACGUUGGAGCACCUCGGCGAGACGCUCCGCGUGCUGAGCGACCAGCUCCGCGCGGCGCAGGCGCGUUCCAUCUCACGCCGGUUCCCGUACGACCGCGUCGGCGUGCGGCCGCACGAGUCGCCGCCCGACGCGAGCGGCGCGGAUCGCACCGCGGAGGCGACGCAGCGGAGACUCGCGUCGACGCUGAACGACAUCUCGGAACGCCUGGACGUCGGGUCGCUCGUACAGUUGUUCGUGCCGAAGCUGCAGUCGAGGCCCGGCGGCGCGCUCGUGAUGUUGCAGACGUUUAAGGCGUUCACGCGCGUCAAGACGGUGCAUCAAGAAAAGUUUUGGAAGUACCACAGGUUGUCCGAGGGAUUCUUCUUCAACCUCUCCCCGGGCGGGGACUCGAACUUGUUGGGGCUCCCCGGGCGGUGUUUCCUCCACUCCAGAGCGGAGUGGACGCCGUCGGUGUGCUGCUACCAGCCCACGGAGUACCCACGGUUGGGAUGCGCGAUCGAGUGCCAGAUGCACUCCACGAUCGCGCUUCCGGUGUACUUCGACGACCCUCGCGUCCGCCCCGCGUUGCCGUUCGCCGUCAUGGAGCUCCUCCUGGAUCAGCAAGUCACGGACAUGGGACGCGUGUUUAGCAUCUGCGUCGGCGCGCUGCGCGAGAACGGUCUGUACACCGCGGGGACGGAUCGCUUGGGGACGGAGGACACGAUGCGCGCGGCGCUGGGCUCGAAGCUCUCGCGCGUCGGCGAGGGCAACGACGUCGCGCUCGAGAACAUGUGCCACGCGCUCGGGUUCCCGCUCGCGCAGUGCUGGAUCCCGAACGACGACGGUCUGCUGAUCGCCGCGGGGGCGCCGUACUGCGUCAAGGACGCGAUGGCGUUUCCGUUUCGUCAGAUCUCGUCGCAGAUCUCGUUGCUCAGCGGUCAGGGACCGGUGGGACAGGCGCACGAGCAGGGGACGAUGAUCUGGAUCGACGACGUCCAAAACGGGAGCCAGCUGGACUGGCCUCUGCAGCACGCGACCGCGCUGCUCGGUCUUCACGGCGCGUGCACGUGCAAGAUUUUGUUGCACCAAAAGCCGAACCGCGGCGGUUGCGGCGGGGAGCCGAUCGAGGCGGUGUUGGAGGUGAUUCUUCCGAGCAACUUGCUCAUCGCGGAACAGCAGCGGCGCUGCGUCGAGGCGCUGUGGAACUACCUGCAGAACGCGCGGGAGUUGCAGAUCGUGACCGUCGGCGCGGCCGCGGCGACGCGGGCGGCGGGCCAGGCGGCGCGGGGAGGAGGAGGGGUGAACGCGAACGCGAACGCGGCUCCGGGAGGCCAACCGGGCGCGGGCGCGGGCGCGGGCGCGGGCGGCGGCGGAGGGCCAAAUUCGAAGUCGAGCGACCUGACCGCGGUCCACGCGGCCGUCGGGGGCGACGGCGGCGGCGGUCGCGCGCACGGCGGGAACUCGCUCGCGGGGAUCCCGCUCCCCGGCGACGCGAGCGUGGACGAGACCGUGAUGAACUGGGGCGUCACGCUAGAGAUGUUGCAGCAGCACUUCAGCAAGCACCUGAAGCAAGCCGCGAAAGACUUGGGCGUCGGGUCUACGACGUUAAAACGCAUCUGUCGACGGUACGGCAUCACGCGGUGGCCGCGGCGGUCGCUGAAGUCGAAGCAAGGGAAGCUGCAGCAGGCGCUGAAGUCGCUGUACACCGCGGAUGGCGCCGCGGCGCCCGGCGAACGCAGCCAGGGCGGCGGCGACUCCUCCGCGCACGGCGGCGGCGGCGCGUCCGCGAUGUCGCUGGGAACGCGCGAUUCGUUCAUGACGGACCCGGCGAGCGGCGGAGACGGCGCUAACGACGCGUCCGUGCACGGCCCGAACGGCGGCGUGGGUUGGGGCCUCGGCGGGUCGCUCCCCCCGGGGGGUUUGUCGCCGUUGACGCGUCACGAUUCCAUCACGUCGUCUCCGCUGAGCGGACGAGCGCCGUGGCCGCCCGUCGGUGGUAUCGCCGGCGGAUCCACCCUGAGCGGCUUGAAGCGCGCGCUCGCGGCGGAUCAGAACCCGUGGGGCGGCGGCGACGGCGGGAUGCCGCGCCCCGGAAACGCCGGCGGCUGGCCCGGCGGCGACGGCGGCGGCAUCGGAAAGUUCCAGAGAGGGUUCUCGUGGCACGGCGGCGACGUCGCGCGGCGCGCGCUGCAUAACCAAGCUGCUGAAACUGAAACGCGCGAGGAGAGGACGUUACACGGUGAGUAUGCGUUCGCGCAAUUCGGCGGCGGCAACGCAAACGGGCGCGCGUGGUACCCGGACCAGGGCGCGUCCGCGCGCCCUUCGCCCGCGUUGCCCAUCCCCGGGGCGUCUCACGCCGCCCAGCCGACGAACGAGGAUUUCAUGUGGAACUCGUUCGACAGCGGCACGACGCUCGCGUCGACGCAGGGCGGUUCCGUGCACGGCGGCAGCUUGCACGGCGGCAGCGUGCACGGGGGCAGCUUGCACGGAAACAUGGGCGCGGUGGCGGCGCUCAACGCGGCCAACGCGACGCACUUCGCCGCCGCGUCGCCGCCGCCGCCGUCAGACAUCGACCCGGGCAACUUCUUGAUGCAGAGCGGGCCCGGGUCCCCCGCGGGGAGGCCCGGCGGGGCGCUCAAAGACGCCGCGGACGCGGACGCGGACGCGCGAACGGGCACGGGAACGGCGACGGGUCCAUCCGGCGGGACGAAGACGAGCGGCGACGGCAGCGGUUCAUCGUUCGACGCGGACAGCUCGGGGAAGACCUCCUCCGGGUUGUUGUCGUCGGGACGCGGGCGCGGCGGCGGCGCCGCGGGCGCGGCGGGCCCCGGGCCGGGCGUCGUCUUCAAGGCGUCGCGCGACGACGGCGACGGAGGAGGUCUUCUUCGCGUGCGGCUCCUGGGAGACGUCACGCACGCGGCGCUCGUCGAUCGCCUCGCGCUGUGCCUCCGUCCUCUCGAAAGCGAAAGAGGUUUUUUUAAGAUCAAGUACCAAGACGACGAGGACGAGUGGUGCUUGCUCUCGAAAGACUCGGACCUGGAGGAGGCGAUCGCGUUCGCGAAGCAGCGCCGCGAGAACGCCGCCGCCGCCGGCGUCGCGACCGCCGACCUCGCCACCGCGCUCGGCCACGUGCGACUCAAGAUCGAGAGCGGCGCGGUCGGUUCGCCCGCGCUCGCGAGUCCGACCGCCUCCGCGUGGGGGGCGCGAGACGUGGGCCCCCCGGGGACGCCGUCCGCGGCGCGCGCGUGCGGUGCGAGCGACGCGACGUUCACCGCGAAGAUCUCCCUCGGCGACGGCGACACGAUGCGCGUCAAGCUUUUGCCUUCGAUGUCCUUCCGCGACCUCGCCGCGCGCGUGAUGGAGGCGACGCCCAUGACGUUGACGUACACGGACGACGCGGACGAGUCGUGCGACUUGAGCGGCGACGCGGACCUGGACGAGUGCCGCGCCGCGUGCGCGAGUAGCGGGACGAUACGCGUCCGGGCGACGUUCGGAGGCGGCUGACGACGUGCGGCGGUGAGGUUAAUCUUCCGCGACGACGCGCGCGCGCUGUGCGUGUACAACAGAUGAUUCUGAGUUUAUUUUUCGC